AGACGUAGCUAGCUGGGUUCAGUCUGGCGUUGGUGGCACGGGCGGAGGAAGGUAGGGCCCCGCACGCUGGAUCUCCUUCUCACGUGCCGAUAGAGGACAAGCUUGGUGAUCUGUUUGUUGUGUUUACCAGUUAACAAAUCCUGCCUACAGUGUACUCUGCACGACGUGGUAGAUGGUCAAUGUUACUACGUAUUAGCAGUAGCGAGUGACACUUUCCGAGUUCGUUUGGUUGUGUGGAGUUUGACACAGAGAGGGAGGUGACAAACAUGACAUCGCCACUCGCCUUCUUCCUCUGCGUGUGGUAUAUAGCCUUCGAUGUGUGCAGAGGUGAGAGCUCGGUAUCGCUGCAAGUGGCGGUGGAGGUGCCAUCCUACGCAGUGACGGGCGGGGAGGCUACCCUUGGAUGCUCCUUCCAUCUGAUUGGAACUCCUGUCUAUUCAGUCAAGUGGUAUCACAACGGCACUGAGUUUUAUCGCUUUGUCCCCACCGAGAGAGCACAUGCCAUCAGCGACCAGUCCUCCGGUGACUUCCUAGUAGCGGAGAUGUUCCGCAGCGACCAACGGGUGACGCUCUCUCUCUCCCGUCUCAAGCCCUCGGCCUCGGGGAAUUACCUUUGCGAGGUGAUGGCGGAACACCCAAGCUUCUUGAAGGAGGCAGUCACGGGGGAAAUGACCGUCUUACGGGAGCCGCUAUCACCACCCGUGAUCGCUGGGGCGCGUCACUCCUACCACAUCUCUGAGGAAAUAGAGAUUAAGUGCCAUCCCCGUCACGCCUCUCCUACUGGCUACACACCUGUCCUUCACUGGCUCCUUGACGGCCGCCAGGUGAGCCAGGAACAAGUGAGGCCUCUCCCUGCCCGUCGACCCCAGCAUGCCCCAGGCCUGGCUCUUCACCUGCCCGCCACCGAGGUGGUGGCGGCGGGUGGCAGCGUGAGGGCAGAGUGCAGAAUCAGCUUGGGACCUCACGCACGGUCUCACAGCGCCUUCACCACCCUCGUGGUCACUGAUGCUUUACAUAUCGGACCUUACUCAUAUAUAUCAGCUGCAGGUCUGUCGACAACAUUUGGGUGUGGCUGGAGCUGUGUAUUGCUGGCAUGUGUUGUCAAUGUCUUGCUGGAUGGGGGUAGCAUAACAAUAUGAUUACAGUUCUCAGUUGUUGCCACUUUUCAUUGCAACUACGCUUUUAAGCAAGAAAUAUACAGAGUGCUGUAUUACUCCAGUGAAACCACAGCAAACUCAUCAAUGUGAGUUCAGUCAAAUAGGUGAUUUUGUACUGCCUCUUUCAGUAACUGAGUUGAAGAGAGACUUUUGCAGUGCAAGACACUUAAUUGCCAGCCAUGCAUCUAUUUCACAUGACAGGAUAUGGCUAAUGCCUCAUGAAAAUGGAUGCCUUGAGCUUCCUUUAAAUAGUUUUUUUUAAGUUUCCACACUAUUGCACUCUCACUAAAAACGUGUAGCAAAUGACUGAAUGUGGGCAGGCAAUAUACAUAUAUGUGUGUGUGUGUGUGUGUGUGUGUGUGUGUGUGUGUGUGUGUGUGUGUGUGUGUGUGUGUGUAUUUACCUAUUUGUGUAUUACAGGGCCCGAGCUAAGCUCUCUGUGUCCUGUC